CUAACAAGACAAAAAAAUGAGACAAAUAAAGAAAAUAGAUACUAUGCGAUUACUCACUAUCAAAAUGAUUCAAAAAGUUGAUAAGGACAAUUCUUUUUAUUCCGUGACGCCGUAAAAACGGGUGAUAUUUUGUUUUGAUUUCCUGGUGAAGUGGCUUUGUAGUUUGUCAAAAUAUGUAGGAUAUAUCUGAAUAGAAUUUUAUGAAUGCAAUUUGUUUACUUUUAUUUUUCAUUCUAUAAGCAAUUCCUUGGACCUCCCAUCACUAUGUGCAGUGUUGGAGUAAACAAUAAAUGCUGUUAUAACAAUUUCUUCAACGGAACAACGUGUUUAGAUUGUCCUCUUGGUUACUAUGGAGAUAAUUGUAGUGCACCAUGUAGCCGGGGUUCCUACGGGAAGCUCUGCUCACGGACGUGCCAGAAGUGCCCCCGGGAACUGUGCGAUAGAGUUACAGGAUGCCCAAAAACUACCUCAACCAAUGCUGAAUCCACAGUUCUAAUUGCUACCAGUGUUGACACAAUAACUGUCAGAGGUACAUUGAAGGUCACUACAGAGGUCAAUCUAGAGGUCACAACAGCGACCUCAGCAGUUCCCACAUCUACUGUUCAGAGCUCUCCUUCAAUUAAAACAUUCCUUACUACAUCUAUUAAAAUUCCGAAGUCUACAACACCGUUUGUUAUUCCACAGACGCCAUAUAACUACAUUCCUGUAAUUGCAGUUACGGGAGGGGUCAUUGCUUUAUUCCUGGCUAUAUUAGUGAUUCAAAGUUCAUUGAAGAUGAGGCAAAAGAAACAAAAGAUUACUAGAGCUGCACCACGAACACCAAAGGUACCAGCAGAAGAACAAGAAAUAUAUCAUGAAAUUGACGAUAUGAAUAUAGUAAUCGAUAAUUUUAAGCGGGAUUAUCAAGGCAUAGAAAAGAAUAAAAAGUAUUGUGACGAGUCACACUUAUAUGCAGAAAAAGCUCAUUCAUAUCAGGUAUUAAACAAUUCUUCUCAAGACGUAGGAAAGCCUGUGAUAGAAACAGUACAGGGAAAUAAUCACUCUUCAACAGAAGAAAGCAACAGUUCAGAGGAGAGUGAGUCAUCCUACCUCAAACCCCAGAAAACAACUAACAGACACAAUUACAUACAAGUAGUGGACCCGGAUAUACAUAAUGUCCCCGUGACAAGUGUCCAUACAGACGAGGAGCAGGAGAACGAUUCCUCUUCUCAAUAUGAUGAUACUGUUAACGAUUCUAGUGCUUUAAUUCUGUCUAUUUCUGAUGGAGACUACCUUGACGUAGAACACUGUCCGGAUAACAAUGCAAUAUAUCUUGAAGUUGUUCAUCAAGAAUAAUAAGAUA